CAUUAAUCCCCCUGGGAGUGAGCGCCACUAGUGUCUCGCAGACAGCCCUCUGAUUUGCUGCCCGCCUCCUGAUUGUCCACAGUCAUUCAGUGUCCUCGUUGCCCCUCGGCCCCCGGCUCCUCUCGCGGACUUGGUUACUUAACGAUGAACUCUCUCAGGCUCAGAGGCAGCAGCUUCAAUGGACAGACAUGUGAUUUAGAAACUUCGGUUACCACAGGAGACUGGGAGAGGGGGAGGAAGGGGAGGAGUGGAGCCAGCUAGACGAAAUCCUCGGCUUUACUUUUCCCUGACUGCGCGGCUGCCGAGAUGGAGCUCCCCCAGCAGAUGCCUUAAAUCUGAGUCGAGCUUCAUCUGGAGCCUGAGAAGGGGCUGAAAUUGGGGAAGACGGAAGGCAGGGUAAAAGUAUUGUUCCUUUCUCAGGGAGCACAGUGGUAGCUUCCAUUCAGAAGUCUGGCUGAUUCAUACACUGGGUGACUACUGAGCCAAGCGGAGAGAGAAGGAGAAGGGGGCUGCUUGGUGCCAGGUGAUUGGGAGGACCGGCUCCUUAUUUCCCUGUUUUGAUCGGGUGCAUCUGUCUACUUCACUCCCCACUUUUCUCUCUCCUUCACCUGGAUGGGAAGUCAGGCAGAAUGGACAGAAUACUGCUGGGAUGGAUAGUUCUCUUCUGGGUAACAGGUUUGGGUAUAGCUCAAUAUGAAUAGCUGGAGAGGGCUGAAAGUAGAGGUCUUGGACAGAGGAUGGAAUGGUCUCAGUAUGGCUGGAAGAUGGAGGGAGAGGACAGAGGAAACAAGCAUUUAUUAAGUAUCUACUGUGUGCAAGCGGUCGCUGAAGGUUUGCAGGUCAUUGUACCUGAAAGGACGAAGAAAGCUAUGCUUUUUCAGCCAAUUGUGCUAAGCUGCCGCUUCAGCACGUCCUCCCAGCAGCCGGCUGUCAUCCAGUGGAAAUUUAAGUCCUACUGCCAGGAUCGAAUGAAGGAAGCCUUGGGCAUGGCCACUGCCGGAGUCCAGCCCCUCAGCAAAAGGAACCUGGAGUGGGACCCCUAUCUGGACUGCGUAGACAGCCGGCGGACAGUGCGAGUUGUAGCCUCAAAGCAAGGAGCUGUGGUCACCCUGGGCGAGUUCUAUAGGGGAAGAGAUAUCACCUUUGGUGAAGGUGCAGAGCUCAAGAUUGGGAAAGUCAUGUGGGGAGACAGCGGCCUCUACUACUGUAUUGUCACCACUCCUGAUGAUGUGGAAGGCAAAAAUGAAGACUCGGUGGAACUCCUUGUGUUAGGCAGGACAGGGUGGCUUGCUGCUCUCUUGCCAAGUUUUGCUGUGAAGAUUAUGUCAGAGUGGGUGUUUGUUGGCCUGGUGAUCUUGGGAGUGUUCCUCUUCUUCCUCCUGGUUGGGAUUUGUUGGUGCCAGUGCUGCCCACACAGCUGUUGUUGCUACGUCAGAUGCCCUUGUUGCCCAGACUCCUGUUGCUGUCCUCGGGCAUUAUAUGAAGCAGGGAAAGCUGCAAAAGCUGGCUAUCCUCCCUCUGUCUCCAGCGUUCCUGGUCCUUACUAUAUUCCCUCUGUUCCUGUUGGAGGAGUCUCCUCUUCUGCCAUGCUGAUGGAUAAGCCACAUCCACCUCCCUUGGCGCCAAGUGACUCCCUUGGAGGAAGCCAGAGUGUUCGCAAAGGUUACCGGAUCCAAACUGACAAAGAACGGGACUCCAUGAAGGUGCUGUAUUAUGUUGAGAAGGAAUUGGCUCAGUUUGAUCCGGCCAGAAGGAUGAGAGAAAGAUAUAAUAACACCAUUUCUGAACUCAGCUCCCUGCAUGAAGAAAAUGGAAAUUUCUGUCAAUCUUACCGCCAGAUGCGGAGGAAGCCUCUCCCUUCUUUGGGGAACAUGGAGAGUGAUGCAGACUAUUGGACAGGUGUAAUGGGAAACAGUGGUGGGUCAGGACAUGGGCCCUCAUCUUCCAAUUAUAACAAAGAGGAUCGAGACAGCUUCAGGCACAGCCAGCAGCGGUCCAAGUCGGAGAUGUUGUCGCGGAAGAAUUUUGCCAUGGGGAUGCCAGCUGUGUCCAUGGACGAGCUGGCCGCCUUUGCGGACUCCUACGGCCAGCGCUCCCACCGAGGCGAGGGCAACAGCCAAGAGCCUCGCGGCGGGAGCCGCUUUGAGAGAUCCGAGUCCCGGGCCCACGGCGGCCUCUAUCACGACGGCUCCUUAGAGGAGUAUUACAGCAAAAGGAGCCGCAGCCGCGAGCCCCUGACGGACUCCGACAGGGGCUGGUCCUACAGCCCCCCGCGCAGACGGGCCAACGAGGACAAACACCUCCCGCGGCUGGUGAGCCGGACCCCGGGAGUUGGCCAGAAGUACGACCACACCUACUUGAGCAGCGUGCUGGAGAGGAAGUCCCGGGGCGAGGGCAGCAGCGGCGGCGGGAGCCUCGAGACCCCGUCCAAGCUGAGCUCCCAGCCGCUGCAGCGGAGCGGGAGCUAUUACGCCUGGUCGCCGCCGACCUCCUACAAAGCGGGGGCUGGACAGCAGCCGCCCUCGCAGCCCGACGAAGAGGACGAUUUGGAAGAUACCUUACCGCCCUACAGUGAACUGGAGCUGACCCGAGGGCCCUCCUACAGGGGCCGGGAUUCCUUGUACCAUAGCAACUCGGAAAAGAAGAGGAAAAAGGAGCUCCCCAAGAAAACUAAUGACUUUCCAACCAGGAUGUCUCUUGUGGUCUGAUACUUGUUUUCAAGGCAUCUCUUUUGAUGACUAGAAACGAGGAGGUGACUACAGGGACAAGAAUCUGACCCAAGAGCCAGCAGGCCAUCAGAGAUGGAAGACGUGACAGUUACCAACUUUGUCUUGAGGAAACUCAUUCCAAACCAUAAUGUCCAUUGAAUAAGCUCUUCAAGAAACGGAUCAGAAAAACAGCAAAGAUUGGGAUUAUUCCCAUGUUUUUGACCUUAAGUGUUUCACAAAAUUUGUGCUCUAUUUCAUGGAACCAGAACCAAAAUGCUAUUUUCUACUAUGAAAGAAAGCUAGCUCUUGACCUCUUAGCACCUGAUAUUGCCUCUGUCUGUGGUACACUUUCCACGUCUUGGACACCCUCCUUAGAAUCCCUUUUGACUCAUUUGGAUGAGAACAAGAAAGGCGAUUCUUAACCUUAAGGGGAGGUCUGCUGCUAGCAUUUGAACAUGGCCCUAAAGCAAAAAAAAAAAAAAAAAAAAAAAAAAAAAAAAAGUACCCCUGUUCUUGUGACCAUCUCUGUACUAUUCAUUUACUGUAAGGACAAAAUCUUAAGGCCUUUGGAGAUUGCUUAAUGAAUUUGCUGAAAGUCUUAGUAAUGUUGUUGUGCUGGACAAUGAGACUUCAGUUUGCUCUUCCAACUGAUGAUUCUUUAGUAGCAAAAAAAGGAGGGUAACUCCUUUCUGAAAAACUUUAUAAGUUUGAGACAUAGGGCAGUGGUGGUCAAAGAGCUGGCUUCCAAAGCCGAGAAGAACGGGAUUCAAGCCUCCUACACAACUGACUCUGUAACUCUGAGCAAGUCUCUUAGCUUCUCAGCAUUCCAGUAAGCUCGCUGAGCCCAUAUAUUACAGAAAAAAUAAUGACCUGCAUUGUAGGAGGAGUCUCUUCACCUUCAUACCAGUGAAAGAAUAAGUUCAGGAUCUAUCCCUUUGGGACAUAUGUGACCCAAAGAUGUGAUUUAACAAUACGAACCGUGUUUUUUUUGUCUAUGCUGCUCACUUGAACAUGUAAGUCACCUUGACUUGAGCUAAUAAAGGGCUUUCACCCCC